CACAACAAAUACUCUCUCUCUCUUUCUCUCUCUUCCAAUCGGCAAUCAAACACUUUUUGAUCAGAGAUGGCCAAGCUGGGGAAGCUUACAAAGCUCAAGUCGGCCAUAAAAAGAUGGCCCUCCUUCACCAAGCUCGCUCGCACCGCCAGCUCCGUAGCUGCGGCAAACGAAUCCGACGAGUCCUCGAAGGACCAACUUCAUGCAGUUUACGUAGGAAAGUCUCGGCGGCAAUACCUCGUAAGAUCAGAGAUCGUUGACCACCCUCUUUUUCAGGAGCUGGUGGACAAGACAUCGGCGGGUGAAUACGAUGGUGGGGUAGCUGUUGCUUGCGAGGUAGUGCUGUUCGAGCACUUGUUAUGGAUGCUCGAGAAUGCCGAGACUCAGAUGGGGUCCACGGAUGAGCUUGUCGAGUUCUACAGUACUUGCUGAAUUUGACAACUGUGGGCUGCAAUGGCGGAUGAUUCAAAAUUCUAAGACAAGGUUGAAUGAAUUAGUUGUAUAGAUAUUAAAGAACUAGCUAGGGUUGGUACGUAGUUAUUUGUUUGGCUGUUCCAUGAGGAUUAACCCAUUUUAUUUUAACGGCCGGGGAUUUUGAUCAUGAUUGUUGAGGAAUAAUCUCACAUUGGCUGUGGACAAGGUCUUGGGCAUGUUUAUAAGUAAUGAGCAAUCCUUUCUUAUACAACCGGUUUUAUA